GCUUCUGUGCCAACAUUGAUAACAUAGACACAUUCUGUGGAAGGACAGAGCAUUCUGAGACUCUCACAGGGCACGGACAGCUGCAGUCCAUGUAGUCCAGUCAUUCAUAAGAAACAGAAGGCCAUCCAAGGAGGUCUGCGAGACGUCAGGAGAUGUGACAGACCCUGUGCCCAGGCAGAACCGAGACACAAGAAGACAAGGCGGCUGAGACGAGACAGCUGGGACUGUCCGAGUGGUCUCUGCUAUAACGCCUGAGAUAGUCAAGAGUGAACGUUCAGACGAUACGUUACUUCACAAUGUCAUCUUCAGCUUUCGUGUUUGUCGCGCUCUUUGCCUUGAUGUUCACCAAGACGAGCCGAGGCUGCGAGAUGCCGGAGGCUGAACGUCAGCUUAUCCUGGACAAGGUGAAGACGAGGAUUGUGGACGCACUGGGGUCUCCUCCGUCAACUACUGCGGCAUCACCAACAUCGUCUCCUAAUGUGAACAGUUCCAUCAGGUUUGAGGAGAGGAUCCUGCGUAAGAGGCACAGCCAAAAGAGAGAGCCCGGGCUGGAGGACACCUCUCAAGUCAUAUUGUUCCCAUCUUCAGAUGUCCUUUGCGAGACUCCAUCCCUCGACACUCCCAAGACAGAAGAAGGGAACAGUUUUACCUAUAUCUUCCGCCCGUCUCCUCACAUCCUGAGUCGUCGCGUCUCUUCGGUGCAGUUUUGGUUUUUCACCGGGGAGUCUCCGAUAGACAACGUCACCUGGUACCAGAAUUCGUCCAUGGAAGAUCCAAGUACUCUAAGUUUGGAGUCACCUACCCAACGUCUUCAUCAUGUGACAGAACUAUCACCCCAUGAGUCUCCGACCCAAGAAGAUGACCAGAUGAGUGAUGAUGAUGAUGAUUCAGUGUCACCUGUUAAUAGUACAAAAAAAGAGGAGGCUCUGCAUCAUGUGGUGGACAUACAGGUGCUGUCACAGCAGAAGCCAGUCACUGUGGCCACAUCCAAGGUAGAAAAGAUAGAUGACUGGACUGUAUUUCACCUGGCUCCUGCUUUUUUGAAUUACCUCACAAGAGGUCUAUUUGUGUUGUUGGUACAUUGCCCCACCUGUCCAUGCUCCGAGCAGCCUGAACACACCCCCUUCCUCAUGUACAGUACCCGUCCCAGCCAACGUGGUCGGAGGUCAGGAGUUCCAUGGUCACCCUCUGCUCUGGAACUUCUACAGAGGCCUCCAGCACCCGGUGCCGACAGUACGCAAUGCCAUCGUGGUUCCCUCAACAUAACCUUUGAAGAGCUGGGUUGGAACCAGUGGAUUGUCCACCCCGGAAGCUUCCAGUUCCACUACUGCCAUGGGACCUGUUCUCCCAACCAUGGCCUAAGCACAGCUCUCCACUGGGGGAACUGUUGUGCCGCUCUGCCCAGCACCAUGAAGCCUUUGAGGGUCACCACCACCACAGAUGGUGGAUUCUCCUUCCGAUACGAAACAGUGCCAAACCUGCUGACCCAAGACUGUGCGUGCAGCUAAGCCCGACUGUCCAAAAUGGCUUAGACUAAUUUCCCACUUGGUUUUUAUUCCGGCAGUUUUUGGAAAACUGCCACUGCAGUUCUUGAGCCAAAGUCAGAAGUGGGUCCAUAAGGGAGGAGAAGUGUAAGUCCUUCCUUUAUAUGUCCUAUUCUCUUUGAAUACAUUUCUGGCUUUGGCUCAAAAACUGCAGUGGCUGUUUUCCAAAAAACUGCCGGAAUAAAAACAAGUGGAAACUUAGCCUUAAAGGGACCCAACUCAUUGAAAAUUCAGUCCAAUCUGCCAGCAUUAUUUUUGGAGCAAAAGCAGAUGAGCAGAAUAAUACACAAUUUUGAAGUUUAAGUAUAAUUAGUAAAUUAUUCAUUUAAAACCUCUGCUUAUUCUGGGUUUAGCAGUCAAAAGGAGGUCCUAAUCAGUGACUGACAGGUAAAGACGGCUGGGACUGCCAACUGAACUCGUAAACCCAUAAUAAGCAGAUAUAUAAAGGGGUAAUCUGGAGAAAACAACUUACCCUGUGGAUAGGGGAUAAGUGUUUGAUCGCAGGGGGUCCCAGUGGUUGGACCCCUGCAAUCUCCUGCCCGGUGCCCCGUCCCUGUUAGGAGCGCAUAUUACAGAUGGCACGUGCUCAAUUAAUUUCUAUAGGAGUGCCAGAGAUGCCAAAGUACAGCAAUCCGAUCUCUUUGGCACUCAAAGAGAAGUCGCAGAUCGCGGGGAGUCCCAGCAGUUGGACCCCCUGCGAUAAAACACUUGUCUCCAUUC